AUGUAAAUUAGAGGGAGACAAGCAAAGCCUUUAUGAAAUGACAAUUUGUUACUCCCCUUUCAAGACCAUCCACUUCCUUUUCAUCAACAAUUUCCACAUACAAUACAAUGCUCCUCUCUGCAGUUACUCCCCAAUCUCUUCUUUCAAACCCUAACACUCACACUUGUAAUUUCCUCUACUCCCCCAAUUCUAACAAAUUCCACUCGUCUCUCAAGUCUAAACCACUAUUUGCCCCCUCUUCUUCUCUUACCACCAACAGUACCUCCCUCCGCCACGUCACACGCACGGUCUCCGACGAUGAGCCUGGUAGAGAUGCUCUUACGGUGACCUCCGCUUCCGCUAUUGCCUCUGCUAUUCGCCGAAUAUCAACGUCUCCCGUCGAGUUCCUUCAGAGAAUCGAGGAUGACCAGAAGACCUCUAAUUUGGUUCUACCUAGUCCGGAUUUUCAGAAACUUUGUGUCGAACAGCUCGACCUCUUUCGAAGGAUUGUUGAUUCCGAUGCAAUCGUCUCCGUUUAUGUGAGGCCAGCUGGUAGUUAUGUGAUGGACCGACUAGAGCUGCGGCGUGUGGUUAGUUAUCCUGGUGUGAACGCAAACGACAUUGUGAUAUUGGUUGGCAAUUUUAGCGUGCCAACCGGAUUACGUGCUGCCGAAGCUGCACUCUCUAGUAAACAAGUACAAGUUGUGCCUGAACAAGGGGCCGUGGUUUUCCCGUUGGUAAAGCAACCAUUUGUGGUGGGAUUCUUGGUUGCGGAGCUAAAAAUGAUGGAGAGUGAAGGGGGUGACUUGAUUCCGAGCUUGUCACCUGAAGAAGCCUAUGCACUGCCUCCUGGUUCAAAUACGAAAUCGUGGGAAAUUGAGACUUUUGAUAAUGAGAGAAUGAGAAUGUAUAAGUUUACGGCUGAACAGAAAUUGAAUGCAGUUAAUAUAUGUCGGUCUCUUGCCAUGGCAUAUGUUAUGGAUCAGAAAUCAAUGUUACUUCAGCAAUCCUCAUGGCAAAAUAAUUUGAGGAUGAAUAAUCUGGUUGAGCAAAUUCGUGGUCCACUUUCGAGCAUUCAGACUUUAAGUAACAUGUUAUCCCUUCAGUUGAAAAGAAGUGAGAUUUCUUAUGAUAUUGUUGAAAAUAUUAAAGUGGAAGGUGAUCGUAUAAGAGAUACCCUUCAAGAACUCCAGGAUGCUGUUCACUUGACAAAGGCUAAUAUUGUGCACUAUAAUGAAGAAAGUUUGAAGAAAAUGCACAAUUCUACAUUUGCCCAUCUUGAGUCAAUCAGGUCUCAACUAUCUGAUAAGAUUGGAAGUGAUAGUUCCAGCAGUAAAUUGCAAAAUUCUGGUAAACCAUUAUUUCUAAGUUCGACAACCCAUGAUUUAGAAAUGCCCAUGCCACCUCUGGCCCUUGCUCCUUUAAAACAACAUGGAAUUAGACCAUGCAAUGUUUCUGAUGUGUUGGUGGAUUUGGUUGAGGCGGUGAUACCUCUUGCUCAUAUGCAGCAACGUGUGGUGGAACUAAGUGAACGCUCGCAAUCUUUGCAAGUUGCUGUUGAAGAACCGGCUUUGCGUCAGGCUUUGAGCAACUUAAUUGAGGGAGCAUUAUUGCGUACCAAUGUUGGGGGAAAGGUUGAAAUUGUGUCUGCUGCAGCUCCAGCAGGUGGUGCUCUAGUAGUAAUUGAUGAUGAUGGGCCAGAUAUGCACUAUAUGACACAGAUGCAUUCACUCACACCUUUUGGGGUAGAACUCUUCUCGGAAAACAUGGUUGAAGACAAUAUGACAUGGAACUUUGUUGCUGGACUGACUGUAGCUCGUGAGCUACUUGAAAGUUAUGGAUGUGUUAUCCGUGUCAUAUCACCUCGUACUUCAGAUGCUGCCCUAGGAUCUGGUGGAACACGUGUAGAACUCUGGCUUCCUUCUUUUGCUGCAUUAUCUGAUUAAAAAAGGUGUUGCUUAUGAGGCAUAGCGAGAAAGGGGAGUAUGUGUAGAUGCUCUUAUUCAACAGAAUAAAUCCGGAUGAGCGCAGGUUAGUAUAAAUUUUGAAGCUAAAUGUCUUCUUGUACCAAAUUCUAUUAGAUUCUUGUCUAUAUGUUGUAUUCUUACUGUAUAUGACAGUUGUAAAUAACAAGUUUUAGGUUUGAUUGGAAGCCAUAUAACUUAAUGAAUUGUUAUAGCAUCAUCUUUGUACAUAAAAA